UUGGCUAAAUGCUUUCAUUAUGGGAACACAUUAGGAUAAUUCUUAAUAAGAGCUUCUUGGCAAUGACAUGAAUCUUUGGAUUUUAUUAUUUCGUAAGGUUUGUUACUCUUAUCAAACAACACGAAACAAUAACGAAGUGUUCAGACAUAUAAAACAGGUUAAUUCAAAAUAUUAUCAGACUGUUUAAACUUACACUUAUUUUUAUGUAAAUGCGAUCCGUGUAUGAAGAAGUGCCUUAAUUACAAUAAAAACAAGACAUAUAAGGGGUAAAAAUCAGGCUUGACGACAGCGCUGCCCGUUGCCUCUUUCCCAAAAGCGACCUUUGUUAUGAACUGUGCGUUAAUGGCUUCUCUGCUGUUCUCUAUUUCAAAAUGGCUUCUUCACACAAAGCAGAUCAUUAAGAGUUGGAAAUGCUGCUGCGCCAUUGCUGAGCGAGGUCUAGUCUCUGGAAAGAAGAGCUGCGAAUCCCCCAAGCAUAACACAUUGUGUGUGUCUCUCUCUCUCUCGUUUUCUCUCUCUUUUCAUAUUCAUCAGAAAUGUAUCAUUGAUGAGCGGUUUUUCUACUGGUAUGUGUAAUACCGGGGUGAUGCAGCCAUUUCGCAGCGCGCUCAUUCCUCUCUGCAAACUGACAGCUUGGCGAGCGGCAGUAAUCUGAGAGUCUGGCCGCACGCCAGCCGCGCUCGGCCACGUCGCAGCUCGCCGCGCGCCACCGCACCAUAUAUGGUCGCAAAAGUAAUGUCAGACGCGCGGCGCGGCGGCUCGAGCAGUCUGCGCAAAGGGGAAUAUGCAGACCGAUGCUUCUGCUGGCUCCUUUCUUUUCCCCCCCGUUCUAAGAAUAUUUGAUGCCGAGAUUCGACGUAUUUCUCCAGCAACAAAGAAGACUUUCACAGAUGUCAGAAACGCAAGAUUUUAUCUACCCAAUAUACAAAAAAAAAAAAAUAAUCUGGAAAUUUUCCUUUGUGUGUCUGUGUGUUUACGCCAAAGCAGCUUCAGGUGAUUUUCAUCGGUUAGUGUGGCGGGAGGGGGGCGUUGUUUUAUAUUCAGUGGACGUAAAUAGCUUUAUGAUGUGUGCAAGUUCAGUUAAUCUUUAAAUAUUCUUUUUACUUUGGCUAUUAGAUAAAGAGCAGAUGUAAAAGCCUGAGAUGUAAUGACUAAUCGAAAGUUUAAUUUCAUCAUCAAUUUAAUUACAUGCGGUAUAUACAUUUAACACAUGAAGAACGUACAAAUUUCCUUUCUUUGUUGUCAGCAAGUUACAGGGUUUUGGCUCAUGUCCCAGAACAGGGGCGGGUAAUGAACAGAGCAGGAAUUCUCUGGCGCUUCCUACAAAACACCCUUUGUCUGUCGGCGGCAGGACAUUACUGUGUGACGGUCAUCAGACCAGGAGGCCGGGAUCAGCGCUUCGCAUAGCGGCUCUAGCGUCCGAGGAGUCCUUCUCCUGUGCAUUUUUAUCUCAAAAGAAGACGCCUUUUUCCUUCCUUUCCUCGAGCGCAUUGACUGCUCCUUAACAUUCACAAGCGUGGACGCGGUGCAAAAAUUUCAACGAGCUACCGGCCCCCUAACUAGCCUUUUAGGACCAUGUCUACCACAUAAUUCGCGACGACGGGUCACAAGGUCAGCACUGUGUAUUGUCUGAAUUCUGUGGGAUUUAAAAUAUGCCUUAAACAGUUUCUUUGUCACUCCAGCACGAAACUGCCGGAAUUCUGCUUAUUUAAUAUUUGCGACGUCACAAUGAAUUUAAAUGUACAUUGUAUGAUUGUCGAAUCAAACGAACGGCUGUUGAGAGAGAGAAAAAAGCACCUUUACUGUGUGUUUAAAUAGGUAAUAGAGUACAGUCUGGCUGAGAAUAAAAUUAUACAAUAAUAGCUCAAGGGCCAUAAUACAUAAUAGGCUACAAUUCAAGUUUUUGUUAUCCGUCCAUUUUGUCUUCGCAAAGGUAACCACGCUUUGGCGUGAACCAGCUCGAAAGGUACAGAAAAUUUCUGACAACCGCUUAAAGGUACAAUACAAUUUACUUUCAGAAACAAAAGGUAUGUAAGGCCUCCAAAACGACGUACACUCUUAAUGCUUCUGUUAAACUAAUCAUAAAUGUCCAACCAGUUAUAUGUACCCUACGUAAAUUAUCAAUACAUGUUUAUUUUUUAUUCUGAUUUAUAUAUAAAUUAUUUCCAACCCGUUUUUUUUUAGAUUACAACUCAAUCAGGAUCUUAGGACAUCAGGUCAUAAGCCAGUAACAUAAGCAUUGCGUUAUUAACAAACAUCAAGUCGACGUAAUAUUUUAAUAAAUGGCUAUUAUCAAACAAUGUUAAACUUGGUCUUCCCAACCUGCACAAUUGUUACUUAAAUAGAAACUUUGCUGCAAUCGGAAUAAAGUACAAUUGAUAUACCUUAAGCAUUUACAGUAUCUUUUCAUAACACAUUAAUUUCCCUGCUACGGGAAAUGCCGUUGGUUGUUAUUUUUAUGCAUUUUUUACGUUUAAUUUAUAUAUUGACUCUAAGAUGAGUAAAUAAACCUUCUAGAUCGUGCUUCAAAUUGGCCGGUAGCCAACUCCAUUGUGAAAAGCAUUAGUACGUAAACGACGUGAAAUAUCCACAUAUUUUAUGUUCUAAAUGUGAUCCACAUGCGACUAUGUUAGGAACUGGUUUUACGUUGUCACGCAAAUACCUCGGAAUACCGGUUUAACCAGUGGUGGUGAGUGGUCGGUUUCACUGGUUACUGUGGGAGUGACUUUGCCCGGAGGUUUGAUCCUAAGCGGGUUACUGGUAAACACACGGAAAAGCAAACAACACUAUUGAGUAAUAUGGUAUUUGGCUCUUUGCAGUAAAACGUAUAGACUUGGUCAUGUGGCCCAGUGAUAAUCUGUAAUUGAAUCAUGAACGAAACGAAACAUAAACUAUGUAACGGACCUGAGGGCACCAGUCAUUUGAGGAUGAUCGCAGAAAUAGAGUCUUGAAAGAGAAAGGAAACCAUGCAAGUCUCAAGCUUCAUGUGGAUUUAAACCUGGGCGUCUCAUCGAGUUCUGCUUCCAUGGUUUCUGUCCCUGUACAAGAUUAAUUAAGUGUUGGUGAACGUUGCCGGGAUCGGAAUCAUAAAUGGCCACCUGUUAAUAUUUAUAGCUUUAAAUUGGAAGUAACUGCUCGAUUCAUUGUAAACAGUUCGAUGGUGGGUGUCAAAAUGGCGACCUGACUUGUAAAUGGUGUUCGGCCUGCUAGCUCUCAGUAUCAGGUUAAUAGUGGUAGCGCGUUUCUGAAAUGCAUUUGUUAUUUACAUGACACAACUUCUGAUCUGUCAAUACAGACUAUGGAAAAGUUUAUGUUUAAUUUCCUACACUACACAGAGUGAAUGAUAUAUUCUUUCUAGUAGUCCAAACCUGCUUAUCUUCAUGUAUAUAAUACGAACACGUGAAAACUCUUAGUGCCCACAACGUUUUUGUCUUUUGGUAUUUUAUUACUUAUUUUAAUGUCGGUGUUUUCGCACUCCUGUCCUACUAUAUUUCUGUGUUUGAACCGAAAGCAUUAGAUUAGUUUAAUGGCUCAGUCUUUUCUUUUGUACCGUCAGCAUUUUUGUUCAUUUUGGAGUGAUAAUAAAGUUUUUAUUUUGCCAAACUGACUCCAUGUGAUCUUGAUGAUGUCAUUCCUCUAGGUGGCAUUGAAGCGCCAAUGGUCUUUAUUACAUGCUUGUCCUGUUUCUGUCUCUGUCUCCCUGUGAAGCACAUUUGUGCACAUAUUUUGCCCCCAGGAACAGAAAGACAGGGGGGCUUUAUAAAUUCAUCUUUUGCUUAUUGUGAUGCUCUUGCACCAGGCAUUUUUAUUAUUAUAAUAGCUCUUGGAAAAUGAAAAUAAUGUCCUUCAUACAGUAUAAACAUUAUUGGCUAGAUAACAAUAUAUACUAGAUUGAUUUCCAUCUUUGAGUGCUGAUGAAACAAUGUCUUCCCCUCUAAAGUGUAAAAUGCUAAGCAGUGGUGUUUGUCUGUAAGCAUGGCGUGCAGAUGUGGAGGGGAAGUGAGAGGCGGGCUGUGGGAGACCCACUCCUGUUUUUCGGUCCACAUUCUGGCCAGUGUGCAUGAUGCUGGGGUUGACAGAGAGGGAGGUGUUGAGGUGUGUGUUGGGGGGUACCUUCUGGAGCAGAAGCAGCACCUGUUUUCUGCCAGAUAGUGAGACAGACCUUCUGAAUAAGGUAUGCGGGGUGAGUAGGGCGUGCAACCGUGUUCACGUAAGUGUGAGACCACGGAAGGCCUCACCGCGCAAGGGCUUCCGGACAGACUUAGAGGAAGUAGAGUUCCACAUUGUGAGAAACUGAAGCUCAGGGGUGGGACGGCUGUCAGGAUUAUGCUCCAUCUACCUGACAGCAGCAGAACACCGUGUUGCCCUGUCCAGAGGAUCCUCUUGCGCGUUUCGCCAGAGUCCCCUCUUCCAUGACGGAGGCUCCAGCAGCCGGACGCCUAGCUUACCGGCGGGUGAAGUGAUCACACCUGGACCUCUUCCCAGCAUUCCACCAGCUUUAGCUGCUUAACGCCAUCAUGGCAGAGAAUGGCUCUGCAGUCGGCGGCAAGGGGGGGGUCCACGUGGAGGAGCUGAAGAUUGUGAUUGUGGGGGAUGGGGCCAGUGGAAAGACCUCCCUCCUCAUGGUCUACGCCAAAGGGGACUUUCCAGAGAAAUACGCUCCAUCCGUGUUUGAGAAAUACGCCACGACCGUGACAUACGGAGGGAAGGAGAUCCUGCUGCACCUCUAUGACACCGCAGGACAAGAUGACUAUGAUCGCCUGAGGCCUCUUUCCUACCAGAACGCGAGUGUGGUGCUCAUCUGCUAUGACGUCACCAACCCCACCAGUUUUGACAAUGUAUUGAGCAAGUGGUACCCAGAAGUAAACCACUUCUGCAAAGGUGUGCCCUUCAUCCUGAUUGGCUGCAAGAUUGACCUGAGGAAGGACAAGGAGAAAACCAGGAAGCUCAAGGCCUUAGAUCAGGCUCCUAUCACUUAUCUACAGGGUCAGGAGGUGCGGGAGCAGAUCAACGCCGAACUGUAUUUUGAGUGCUCUGCCAAGUACCGGGAGAACGUGGAGGACAUUUUCCUGGAGGCUACGAAGCUGGCGCUGGCAGCCAAGCGAAAGGCAAAGCAGAGGUGCAAGAAGAAGACGUGUACCAUCCUGUGACCGCGGGGAAGGCACAGGACCCCCUCCACUGCUUUGCGUGUCCUUCUCUUGGUUCCGGAUGAGUGACAUGUGCUCGAGAAUAGGAGCAGUAGACUGGAAGCCUGGAGCUACACAAAAAUGUUUUACACUGUCAGAAAAAAAGAAGGUACCGAUUUGUACCUUUGCUUGUCAUUGGGGCUGUACCCUGUAGGUAAAUAUAACUUGUACUGUACCAGUGAGGGUACACCAAUGUUGUUUGUACCUUGUACAUGUUGUUUGUACCAGGUGGCACCCCAUGGAUUCCCUUUCUUCCGCUGAAUGUCAGGUGAAAAUUAAGAUAUUUGUUUUUAAACUAGGCUGUCGACCAGUUUGUAAUUGUAUGAAUUGUUGUAAAAAAUAAUUUGAAGAAAAAAAAAAAGCUACUCGAUUUUUUUUAUUAAAUAAGUUUAAUUUUUACAACA